AAUGUGUUUCAACAAUAUGACAAAUCUUACAUAUACAUUUCAUACUAUGUGUUCUAAUAAAUAUUUUUUUAUUUUUCAAAUCUUGUGCUGAAAUUUACAAAUCUGCGUAUAUCGUUUAUAACUUGGUUGUUGAAUCGGAUUGGUCUCUGAAAAUGCUGUUGUGGUUGCAAAAUGAUUUUCAUCGCCCGUUGAUAACACAUAGGUUUAGUAGUAUAAAAUGGCCAAGUCAAAGAAUCACACCAAUCACAAUCAAAACAGGAAGGCGCAUCGCAACGGCAUUAAACGCCCAAUCCGCAAGCGUCAUGAAUCCACUCUGGGUAUGGAUGUGAAAUUCCUAAUUAACCAACGUUAUGCACGCAAGGGUAAUUUGUCCCGCGCUGAGGCCAACAAACGCUUCGAAGAGCGUGUCGCCGCUCAAGCUGGCAAGCCAAAACCCAUCAAACUAUAAACGUCUCAAGAUGUCGACAAUCGAGGGUUUUGUGAAUUGGGUAGCAUAAAAUUAAAUAAAACAUAAUUUUAUACAAAAUA